GCAGCAACGAGCUAAGAUGCUUGAACGCAAAAGCGAAUUUUUCUUAAGAGAAUAUUCGUUUGACAGUUCACAAAAUGGGCGUAAAAUAUUAGGCGUGCAUAUGGAUUUAUGUCAUCUGUUAAUUCCGUUUGUGCACUGUGAACAGUAAGCACAGUCAAGCGACGCGCGGCCGGAGGUAACCUGUCCGAGAAUCGGCAUUUACAAAACCAGCUUUUCAAUUACAAAUCUUUAAAGACCUUUCUCCAUCACACGGAUAUGCACUACGGCUGCCUAAAUGUUUCUUACUCCACCAUGGAAAGUUAACUUGGUCCAAUUCUUGGACGGAGGUGCCAGGAUAACCAGUGGGUUUCCACCCAGACCUUUUCCAGAUAUACGUAUCUUGAGGAUGAGAACGAGAGGAUAGAACUCCUGGCUGUAUUGCAUUCCACAACAGUCUGUCCUUGAGGAUUCACCAUGCCACUUGAACUGUGCAACAGCAAAGGAGAGCCAGAAGGAAAGAUAACCAAGAAGACGAAGGGAGAGACUCGCUAUGUAGACCCCCCAGAUGGGGGCUGGGGAUGGAUGAUCAUCUUGCACUGCUUUCUGGUGAACGUCUUGGUAAUGGGCACCCUGAAGAGUUUCGGGAUCUUUUUCGUGGUGCUGCAGGACGAUUUCGAGGGUUCCUCUGAGAGCAUCAGCUGGAUCGGCUCCAUAAUGUCCUGCUUGCGACUCUCCUUAGGUCCCCUGGCCUCUGUGGCGUGUGGAAAGCUGGGAUGCAAGAUUACCUCAAUAGCGGGAGCGGUGUUAGUCAGCACGGGCUUCCUGAUUAGCAUGCUAGCAACCAGCGUGGUCUUCCUGUACGUCAGCCUGGGACUGGUUGUAGGUCUUGGCUUUGCUCUCCUGUACCAAGCCACGUCUGUCGUGACAGCGACGUAUUUCAGAAAGAGGAUCGCAACGGCGUAUUCCAUUGGCCGCUCUGGGAUGGGUCUGACCUUUGCCCUUGCUCCUUUCACUCAGCUCCUUCUAGAGAAAUACGGCUGGCAAGGGGCUUUCCUCAUCUUUGGAGGCCUCAUGUUGAACCUGGUUGCUUCCGGGAUGCUUCUGAGGCCUAUCAACCUUAGACCAGCCUCAUCCUCGUCCUCAUCGCCCGUACCUGCAGGCCGAAAAGAGCAGCCGAGCAAGGGGUCCGGUCUGGAGAACGGUCCCGCCAACGCAUGCUUGAACGAACACCGCCCUUUGCCUAGUGGCAUUACAAAAACCGACCCGGCUUUGGGACGCCACUGGCAAACCCCAGCCCCUGAGUCAGCAGCCAUGGAAACAAAUGCCCCACUGACCUCAGACCUCACAACGACUACGGUCAGAAAUGGCGUCAACGGUCAAGCCAUCGCACGCGGCGAGGCCGCGGCGGGACAUGACACCUCGGAGGUGAACUCGUCGAUGCAGAACGUAAAUUCCCCCGGGAAUGCGCUGGAAAGCAGCGGUGUCCUCAAGCAACCCCCGAGAAAAAAACCAAAACUUCUGGAUUUCUCCCUGUUAAAAAACCCUUUCUUCUGCAUCUACACGUGGUCGGUGGUGUUCAGUCAGCUGGCCUACUUCAUUCCCUAUUUCCAUCUGUCAGCGCGAGCCAGGACCCUGGGGAUUGAUCCCAUGGAUGCGGCCUUCAUCAUCUCAGUGGCUGGGAUAACGGAGGCAGUGGCCCAGCUGGUAUCGGGUCUGGUGACGGACAGGACCCGGCAGCACAAGUUCCACUACCACAAGGCCUACCUGAUUCUGUGCGGAGUGGUGAAUCUGCUGUCGCCUCUGGCCACCACCUACCUCCAGCUCAUGGUCUACGCCGUCUUCUUCGCCAUCUUCUGCGGAGGCUACAUGACUCUGUUGCUCCCCGUCCUGGUGGACCUGGUUGGGGUGGAGAGGCUGAACACUUCGAUGGGCUUCUCCAUGUUUUUUGUGGGUCUGGGCUGCCUCACGGGACCUCCCCUGGCGGGCUGCCUGUACGACCACACCCAGACCUACGACGGCUCCUUCUACCUGGCGGGCGUGUGCUACCUGCUGUCGUCCGUCUCGCUGUUCCUGGAGCCCCUGGCCCGGCGCUGGCAGGCCCGGCGAAGAGCGCAGUGGGACCGGGAAGGGAAAGAGUCCCCGAAGGGCGACAUUUUGUAGCACGAGUUGGCGACAGGAGACAGGACGGGAGGGCAGACAAAGACCGCACCCUCUGGGAGAGGCUUUGCUAACGGGCUCUCCUGUCCUGACCGAAAGGGUACGGGCUCUGUGACCCGAAAUACGUGAUCAUCCACAGAAGUAAUAAAUUAAGUCUGUUUUACUCUUAAACGAAUAAGCACGCCAUGUCCCAGUGACACUGACAUCUGCCCGAGAGAUUAUUAAAAUGGAUUUCCGGGGCCAAGGGGCAAAGAAGAGGUGCAUAAAUCUUGAAUUGUACGACCUGGAAUUACAGCGACUCUGACGGAACCCUGCGGAAAUCUGCGUUAAUCCCACUGGGCGCUUUGUUAUGACAGGCCAUGUCACUCAAACACUGCUCGGGGUGUGGUCCAAGGGCGUCGUUCGUCUUCGCUACCAGUUUUCUUUUUUUGUUUGUUUGUUUGUUUUUAAAGAAUGACGUAGAGCCAGUAGCUGGAUGAAGAUCAGACGCCAAAAAUAACUCUUCUGGUGUGCAGGAAGUAAGUUGUGUGAUGCCGUCAUUCAGGAAAAAAAAAAACUGGCACGGGAGGAUUCUUCUGUCUUCCCUCGUUCCCCUUAUCUCAGAAUUAGCAGCACAAAGAGGGUGUGCAUAACAGUCAAGCAGCUCGACUGGAGCAGCCAGGUAAGGGCCGGCAGGAGGCCAAGGCUGAGACCAUGUGCCUCAGACAUUAUACCUCUUUAAAGUGUGAGACCACAAAUCUGCGAUUAGAACGCAGCAACCACUGCUGGAAACUGUAAGCAAAGGACUUCUAGAACACCGACUUUCUGAAUUUUGAAAUAACAUACCAAAAACCUACUCUGCAAAGGGUUAAUGUGUGCUUGUCUACUUCCUAUAACCAAAGCAAGGAGACAUUCAGUUGUUUUAUUUGGGAUGUUUCUUGGCACUCUGGUUCACUUGGGUUUUAUUUUGAUUCAAGCCAAAGUGCUGAAAAAAAAACUUUGUUUUUGCCUAAUAACUCCCUCUUUUCUAAUCAAAUUUUCCUUUUUUAUAUUUGAAUUGUGAUACUUUACUGGAAUAUAAGCCAAAGAAAUGCUUUCCUUUUGUAAUAAAUACAAUGCAUUCAGAGUAUUACAAUACAGGACACUGUAAGACACAUUAUUGGAGCAUAUCAUGCAUUUAAAUAAGAAAGUAAAGCCUGAUAGGCUGAAAUCUUUGUACUGCCAUUUAGAAUGUUAGACUAUAUUUGUCACUGCGUAUCCCGUAGGAGCUCAAAACUGGGAAAAUGGAUAGUGCCGGUACUAUAAAUUGUGAAUUCCUUAUUUAACUCUGCCCUCUAGUGGCAACCAAAGUCCCUGCAAAUACGAAUUGUUUCAAUCGCGUCAGUUUGUGUCCUAAACAUCCAAGAUAGUAAAAGAAAUGCAUUUGGUAGAAGGUAGAAUCUUUGAUCUUUAUCCUUUCCAUUUAUUUUUUAUUCUUUCCUAUAUUUGUCCUGCAUAUUUCCUACAGUUGCACAAAGAAACACUACAUCUGUAUUUAUCCCUUUAACGUGUACUUCUUGCUGUGUGAAUAUUCAGAUUUUGGCACAUUUCGACAUCAUUUCUGAAUCUUAUGUCCAUAUUUAAGUAAAUACCAUUAUAUUAAGUUAAAGUAUUUUCUAAAUCUGUUUUUUUUCCUUCUUUCCAUCUGAAUUGCCCCCCACGUAGAGAACGAAGCAGAAACGACCCUCUUUUGAGAUUAUAACAAAUAGAGCGAACAUAAAAAAACACAGAAAUGUACUUUCCCCAUAGCCUCGUAACUGCACACGUAUCAGUAAUAUGUUUGACGGUGGCUGCUGGCCGACUGGCCCCCAUGUCGUUAUUAAAGGGGACUGUUUAUGA